GCAGUUAUAUUGAGUGAGCUAACUACCAUUACCAUACUCCACGUGAUCACUCUCUGAAUCAACUUCCUUCAUUCUCAAUUCUCAUUCAAUCCAAUAUAAAAACUCCUCUCUAACCCGAAAUUUCUGCAUCUUCCUUCUUCUCUUCUUCACCAGAUCUUUCUGUAUCUUUGUCAUGGCGACUGGACAACUAUUCUCCCGUACGACACAAGCUUUGUUUUAUAACUACAAGCAACUCCCCAUCCAGCGGAUGCUUGAUUUUGACUUCCUUUGCGGUAGGGAAACACCAUCAGUUGCUGGCAUAAUUAAUCCUGGUUCCGAGGGAUUUCAAAAGCUCUUUUUUGGACAGGAAGAAAUUGCCAUCCCAGUUCAUUCUACCAUUGAAGCAGCUUGUGCUGCCCAUCCUACAGCUGAUGUGUUCAUCAAUUUUGCAUCAUAUAGAAGUGCUGCAGCGUCAUCCAAGGAUGCCUUGAAGCAGCCAACAAUUAGAGUUGUUGCUAUUAUUGCUGAAGGUGUACCAGAGUCAGACGCCAAGCAAUUGAUUGCAUAUGCUCGGGCAAACAAUAAGGUUGUUAUUGGCCCAGCCACUGUUGGUGGUAUUCAAGCUGGUGCUUUUAAGAUAGGUGACACAGCGGGAACUAUAGACAAUAUAAUUCAUUGCAAACUCUACAGGCCUGGAUCUGUUGGGUUUGUUUCUAAAUCGGGUGGUAUGUCCAAUGAGCUAUACAACACUAUUGGCCGUGUAACUGAUGGAAUUUAUGAAGGCAUUGCCAUUGGAGGAGAUGUUUUUCCUGGUUCCACACUGUCUGACCAUGUUUUGCGGUUUAACAACAUAUCACAGGUUAAAAUGAUUGUGGUACUUGGUGAACUUGGUGGGCGGGAUGAGUAUUCUCUAGUGGAAGCCCUGAAACAAGGGAAAGUGACGAAACCUGUUGUUGCCUGGGUUAGUGGCACCUGUGCACGACUCUUCAAAUCUGAAGUACAAUUUGGUCAUGCUGGAGCUAAAAGUGGUGGUGAGAUGGAAUCUGCUCAAGGAAAGAAUCAAGCACUAAGAGAAGCUGGUGCUGUUGUUCCCACUUCAUAUGAAGCUUUUGAAGCUUCAAUAAAGGAAACAUUUGACAAAUUGGUUGAAGAAGGGAAGAUCCCACAAGUGAAGGAGUUUACUCCUCCACCAAUCCCUGAGGACCUUAACACUGCAAUUAAGAGUGGAAAAGUCCGUGCUCCAACUCAUAUUAUUUCCACCAUCAGUGAUGACAGAGGUGAGGAGCCAUGCUAUGCUGGUGUACCUAUGUCUUCCAUUAUUGAGAGGGGUUAUGGUGUUGGUGAUGUUAUCUCUCUUUUGUGGUUCAAACGCAGCCUUCCUCGUUACUGUACUCAAUUUAUUGAGAUAUGCAUCAUGCUGUGUGCCGACCACGGUCCUUGUGUCUCUGGUGCUCACAACACUAUAGUGACAGCAAGGGCUGGGAAGGACCUUGUCUCCAGUCUUGUAUCUGGUUUGCUUACAAUUGGUCCUCGAUUUGGGGGUGCCAUUGAUGAUGCUGCUCGCUAUUUCAAGGAUGCUUGUGACAGGAGUCUUACACCUUAUGAAUUUGUUGAAGGCAUGAAGAAGAAAGGCAUUCGUGUGGCAGGAAUAGGGCACAGAAUCAAGAAUAGGGAUAACAAAGAUAAGAGAGUUGAGCUGCUACAGAAGUUUGCACGCACACAUUUUCCUUCUGUGAGAUACAUGGAAUAUGCUGUUGAAGUUGAAAGCUACACACUCACAAAGGCAAACAACCUAGUUCUAAACGUAGAUGGUGCAAUUGGAUCACUUUUCUUGGAUCUUCUUGCUGGUAGUGGAAUGUUCACCAAACAAGAGAUUGAUGAAAUAGUCGGUAUUGGCUAUCUAAAUGGGCUUUUUGUUCUGGCACGCUCCAUUGGUCUGAUUGGGCAUACCUUUGAUCAAAAGAGAUUGAAACAACCACUCUAUCGCCACCCAUGGGAGGAUGUUCUUUACACAAAGUGAGGUGUCAUGCUUCAAAUCAACAAUCAUAUGGGGAAUCAUAUAUGCAUCAGCUUCAUGCUGGAAUGGUUUUUGUUUUUUAUAGCUCUUAUACUAGUGUAUUGGUAUCAAGCCAUCAUCCAUCUGUAAGUUGUAUCAACAAAUUUUCAAGGAAUAACUAAGUCAAAUUUGAAAUUAUCCUUUUUCUCGAUGAAGAUCAUGAUCUCUUUUC